AUGGAGGAGGAGGAGGAGACGAACUUGGGUGCCGGUGGUUCCACCCCGGCAACAAACUUUGGCGGGGAGGGUGCCACUUCUUCCCAGCCCAGUGCUGGCGCUUCCUUGGCGGACCAGGAGAACAUCGAUACCGUCAUCAAGGAGGUCGCCAGGGACGCCGAGGCCAAGGCGGACAAGAUCGCCGCUGAGGAGGCUGACGUCGAAAAAGCCCAGGAGGCAGCGAAGGGACAGGCCGCCAAGGACGAGGCCGCUCAGCACCAGGACCAGGCCAAGCUGAACUCCCAGGAGGAGGACCUUGUCGCUCGUGAGGGGGAGCUCGCCGCCACCCUUAGCGGCAAGGACGAGGAGGUCAAGAAGCUUGCUACGCAGUGGACCCAGGAGCUGGAGCAGAGGGCCCGGGAAGAGACCGUGACCAAGGCCCUGGAGGACGAGAGGCAGCUGCGGAGGAAUGACACCGCCGACCACGAGGAAUAUGUGAAGGGCGAAAACCUCUGGAUCAGCCGCCUCGCCGACGUCGCCGGCAAGAUCACCACGAAACUGGCGGCCAUGGGGAUGCCAAACGUGAGCUCACUCUGCCCAUCCGCCGGCCGGCUGUCCUGCGCCGCCGCCCCGCCGCCACCUGCGCCGCGGCCAGCACCUGCCCCGCCACCAGCUGCACGGCCUGCUCCGCCGCUACCGUCCUGCGCCUACGCUCCACGGAUACCUGCGACGCCCACCACCUUCCUGCGACGCCACGGGUGGGGCGCCCGCCACCUGCUCGACCCGCGGCGCGGCCUCCUUCCGUGCGCCCGGCCGGAGCGCUCAAAGGUGGGGGGCUGCCGGAGCUAUUUGAACUAG